UGUUAUUUUUGCAACUAUGAUGUCAGUCCGUGUAAUUUCUUAAUUACAUAAAAGACUGCAAUUAUUUUAGAUUUCAGUAGUCCUUGAAAGGUUAUCAAAAUACCCACAAAAAGGCCUUUAAGUUUACAAUAGUGCCACUAAUGCACUUUGUAGAAGUAUCUUUAUUUUCAAAAAAGAAAUAUUUUAAGUUAUUUUAAAGCAGUACUGUAAAAACCUAAGGUUUGCAACUUAAUAUUUGUGUGUUUUGAGAUGAGAAAAACAAACAUCAGGUCAGGUAUGAAAGCAUGCCGGUUGAAUAUGGACAUGGCAGCGUCAACCUUGGUCCUGUACUGCUCUGGGCUCCUGAUGGGCUCCAUCGUCCAGGCCUUGUCCAGGCCCAUGCCCCCUCUUUUCAUGUAUCUCCUCAGCUGACCCUUCAACAACACGUGCCUACCAGUGAAGUCCAGUCCAACCCACAGGGUUCCGGAAACCCAGUAUGAGAUAAGCUGGAUCAGGCCAGGGAAAGCGUACCAGGUGCCUGUAGAAGCACAGGGUCAUCCAAACAGCUGACCCUUCCCAUCUCAAGGAUCACCUCAGCAUUAAAGAUGGCGGCAUCCAUGGAGGGGACCCUCCCUAUAAAUGUCUGCUGCUUGUCUCUUCUCUGAGGAGCAGUUCCAGUGCUCCAUCUGUCUAGAUGUGUUCACUGAUCCAGUCUCCAUACCAUGCGGACACAACUUCUGCACAAUCUGCAUUACACGUCACUGGGAUGUUAAUGAGCCAUGUGAGUGUCCGUUGUGUAAAGAAGGCUUUGAAAAGCGUCCUCAGCUGCGAGUCAACACGCUCAUGUCAGAUAUGGCCGCUCAGUUCAGACGAUCAACUGUGAAGAAAAGCCGCAGCAGCUCCAUACGGAGAAGUUCCUCCUCUGAAGAGGUUCUGUGUGGCGUCUGUACUGAAACCAAAGUGAAGGCACUGAAGUCCUGCCUGAUGUGCCUGAACUCCUACUGUGAGACUCACCUGGAGGUUCAUCAGAAGGUCAUCGGAAAGACAAAACAUGACCUGAUCGAUCCUGUGGGAAACCUGGAGGAGAGGAUGUGCGAGAACCAUCACAGACCUCUGGAGAUGUUCUGUAAGCAAGAUCAGACUUGUGUUUGUCUCAGCUGCACUGAAUCCAGUCACAAGUUUCAUCGUAUCGUCCCCUUGGUGGAACAAUAUGAAGAGAAGAAGGCUGAACUGAGAGAGACAGAGGCUGAAAUUCACAAGAUGAUCGAGGAGAGACGACUGAAGAUUCAGACGCUGAAAGAUUCAGUGAGGCUUAGCAGAGAAGAUGCAGACCGAGAGAAAUCAGACAGCAUUGCCAUCUUCACUGCUCUGAUCCAGUCUGUUGAGGAAGGUCUGGCUCAGCUCCUUGACUUUAUUGAAGAAAAGCAGAAAAAAACAGAGGAGAGGGCUGAAGGCUUCAUCAAAGAGCUGGAAGAUGAAAUCUCCAAGUUGAGGAAAAGAGGCAGUGACGUAGAGCAGCUUUUACACACUGAAGACCACCUCCAGUUCCUCGAAACCCUCCCCACUUUAAGCCCUGCUCUUCCCACCAAAGACUGGACACACGUCCAAGUUCACUCAUCAUUUGAAGGGACUGUAAGGAGAGCUGUGGCCGAGCUGGAGGUGAGAAUCAGUGAAGAAGUUGAGAAGCAAUGCAAAUCUGAGCUAGAGAGGGUCCAGCAAUACGCCGUGGACAUCACUCUGGAUCCUAACACUGCGAAUUCAUCCCUUAUCCUGUCUAACAACGGGAAACGAGUGCAUCAUGGUAAACCACAGAAUGUUCCAGACAACCCAGAGAGGUUCUCUAUGAAUGUUUGUGUGUUCAGUAAGCAGGGUUUUUCAACAGGGAAGUUUUAUUUUGAGGUUCUGGUGAAAGGUAAGACUAAAUGGGAGUUAGGAGUGGCCCUUGGAUCAAUAAACAGGAAGGAAGCGAUCUCACCAAACCGGCAGACAGGCCCCUGGAUUGUUAUUCUGAGAAAUGGAUGUGAUUACAAAGCUGUCGGCGUUGUCCUUUCUCUAAAGUCGAAGCCUGAGAAGGUGGGGGUGUUUGUUGAUUAUGAAGAGGGUCUGGUUUCUUUCUAUGAUGUAAAUACAGCGACUCUCAUCUACUCCUUCUUUGGCUGUAACUUCACUGAGAAAAUUUUCCCUAUCUUUGGUCCAUGUGUCGAUAUAAAUGGGGAAAACUCUGCUCCUCUGGUCAUCACUCCUGUGGGUCAAAUGGAUUAGAUUGAACCUUACUUCAUCUUAGUGGAGAUUUUUCAGUGCCACCUUCGUCGGUUUUAGGUCUGAGAAUAAAUAGAGGAUUUAACGGGUUGAAAUGGGAUUUAUGUUUCAUUUUAGGUGCGGUUAAUAUCCCUUGUUCUUUAUUCUCUUCUUCGGCUUGUUUUAGCUCAUGCAUUCAUGCAGCAAUACCUACCACCAAAGAGCAAUUUAUGUGGAUGAAUUUAAUUUUAUUUCAAGCUGAUCUAAGAAAAUCAGUGUGACUGUCUCGCUAUGUUGGUGUUUUGACAAAACUCCUGAAAUGUACCUGCAUUUUUCAAGUUGGGCCACAUGUAUGAAAACAAACCAACUUUCCAAACCAACUUUAUCCAGACUUUUUCCUGCCAGACACAUUGAAAAAAUAUCUGUGUAAUCUCUGGGUAGGCUGGCUUGUGAAUGCAUCAAGUAAAUGCAGGGGCAGUCGAGGGUAGAUGACAUUUAUAUCCCAAUCACCAUUACACAGUCAGUACAAUGUCUGAGCAGACAUGAUACUGCUUCAUACUGUUUUCUCCUUGCAAGUUUCUCCAAUUGUUUGUUGAUAUUGCAAAUGCAUUAGAUUGCAUGUAGUGUUGAUGUAAAGGCAAAAAAACUGUAAAUAUAGGGAUGCGUGAUAUUGAAGUUUCGGCGAUAUCUGAUUAGCUGACAUAGGUCAGGUGAUCUGCAUAAAAAUCCAUAAACGUAUCUGUACACAUAGCCGAUGUUUACAGCCAGUAUAGGCCUAUAAUUAAAGCUAAUAUAAGCUGAUAUUUACAGUCAGUACAGGUGGAAAGUUACAGCCAGUGUUGGCUGAUAAUUUUAGAUAGUACAGGCUAUGAUUUACAGCAAAUUGAGGCUAAUAUUUACAUCCGACAUAGGCCAAUAUGCACAGCUGAAAUAGGCCAGCCUAUAAAGGCUACUUACGGAUCCUAUUGGCAGAUAAUUAAAGCAGAUAUCAGCUGAUAUUAAAGCUAAUGUAGGCUGUUGUGGCAGCCCAUACAGGCCAAUAAUUACCGUCAGUGUAGACUGAUAUAAGUCAAUAUAUGCUGAUUUUUAAAGCCAGUGGAAGCCUCUAUUUGCAGCUAAUGUAGGCCAAUAUUUACAACGUACGUAGUCCAAUAAUUAUAGCUGACAUCACCUGUUAACUAAAGCAAAUAUAGACCAAUAUAUACUGCAGCUAUAGACCAAUAUUGGCUUAUAUUUACAGCUAACAUAGGCCAGUAUUUAUAGCUUAUUGAAGCCAGGAUUUACAGAUGAUAUAGGCCGAUAUUUCUGCUCUUUUGACAGUAUUCAUCAGCACUAUAUUGCUCAAACAUCAUUAGCCAUAAUGAUAUUAUAGUUAAUAUAGGCUGAUAUAUACAGUGGAUAUAGGCAGAAGUUUACUCAUGAAUAGGCAGCUACAGGAUUCCUGCCGAUAAUAUUAUGCAUCCCUAAUUUAAGGUCUUUCUCAGUUUACUUGUACAUGUUCUUCUGUCUCUCACUUGCAUCACUUCCUCGUGUUUUAGCUCCUCCCAGCAAGGAAUUAAAGAGAGACAUGCAUGGAAGGGACACAAGAACAGAGGAAUUUGAUAUACCAAAUGAGAAACACAGUGUCAGACCUUGUCAAUAUGUUGGCAGGUAAUUUUUAAAAUGGAGAUUUUCAAAAAUAAUACUGUCCAGUCUUAAAAACAUUUCUCUCCACAUAAAUGCACUUCAGAUCCCACCAUGUCAGCAAGAGGGAUGUGCGUGAAUCACAGGCCAAAUGGUUAAGUUAGAUCCAGCAGUACCAGAAUUGCGAGCUGGUUGAAGUAAUGGUUAAGGUUUUUGUGAGGUCAGGCCUACAAUCCCAGUAACAGGAUGUUUAAACUGUAAUGCAGCUUCUUGCCACUAGUAGCUGCUAUAGUUCUUAAAGACUACUGCCAUCCUGCUCUUUAAAGUGAUGUAAACAGCUGCUAACUGAUAGCACCCCAUGGGAACAGCAUGGUUUAGCACUAUUUUGAUCCAAGGUAUAGGUGAGUUUAUGUCUGAGAGCUGUAAAACUACAUAACAUCUGGUUGGUGACACUACUCUGUCUGCUAGCUCUCACUGGUUGUUUUCCAUCAGAGGCAGUCCAACCAUGAAUUUAAUAUCAAACAUCAUUGAUAUUUAGGUACUCAUGAGUGACCAUGUGUAAAACUGUAAACUGAACGUCAUCAGUGUUUAUUAUUUACAAUUUAUUAACUGUUAACAUUAUCCAUCUCUGUAUAAUUAAACACCCUUUUUGUAUUGAAUGUAUGGAAACGAAUGUAAAUAAAAGAUGGA